AUGGGGCUCACCGCCAGAUUUCUCGGAACGGUAUCUGCGGCAUAUAUCGCGUUCUCGCUUUCGCUCUCGCUCAACGGUGUCCUAGGGAAAACCGAUCUUGACUGGUAUGGAGCAGAAGUUGGCUUUCUUGCCAGCUUAAAGAGCCGUGUAACAGCCACCCCAAGCCACAAGACACUCAUCGACCAUAUCGAAAGCGAGCUCAAUCUCCUCGGUCUGGCCGUCUACAGCGAUGUCUUGAAUUUCACCUAUAUGGACCAACCGUUGAGUCCGCCCAAACUCACGGUUGGAGGUCAAGAGGUCGCGAUAUCCUCAUAUGCGCCAUAUUCCGGAAAUACCAGCUUCGCUGGAAUUGGUGGAAAGCUUGUCGAUUUGACGGGGCCAGAUGAUCCUCCGGAUUGGGAGAAAGCCAGGGGGAAUAUCGCGGUAGUCAAUGUCACGAAUAGUCCUCUGGACCUGCGCCAGACGCUGGCAAUAUGGCCGGGGCAGCCACAGUGGUACAUCCAGACAGGAAUUCCUACGGUCACAGCAGACGCGAAAAUUGCCAAUUUGACCGAGGCUGCCGAAGCGGGCGUCAAGGGUGUGGUAUAUGUCUGGGAACAUAUCACUUCAGGGAACGCUUAUGGCCAAUACGUGCCAUUCAAAAGGCUUUACCAAGGCGUCCCUACGAUCCAUGUCGCCGGGGAUGCGGGUACAGCUGUAUUGCAAGCGAGCAAGAACGGAUCGGAAGCACAUUUGACUCUCAGUGGCGAGCUGAUCCCGAACACUAAAACGAGAACCAUCUGGACCGUGGUAGAAGGGACGAGGUACAAGAAUGAGUCCAUCAUCCUUAACACGCACACGGACGGUACCAAUGCCGUGGAAGAGAAUGGUCACAUCGCCUUAUUGGCCAAGGCGAAAGAUCUGGCAACGAACCCUCCAGAGAGAACGACAAUUUUGGUUUUUGUCACAGGCCACAUGCAUCAACCUGCAUUUAGUACGACAGGUCGAGCCACAUCGCGCUGGCUCGAUGACAAUCCGCAGUACUGGAGAGGAGAGGCGGGAGAAAUGACGGGAGUCGCAAGCGCAUGCGUUGAGCAUCUCGGAGCCAUUGACUGGGCCGAAAAUCUCAGCACCAACACCUACUCCUCCGCCGGCAACCUCAGCGACGAAUGGAUCUACGCCAAUACGCCCGAGAUGGUCAAUUUGCUCGAACAGAACUGGAACGGCGCAUACCCCGGUUUCGUGCGCGUCAACAACCCCAUCCCCAAAGGCGUACAGUCUGGUGAAGGCGAACCACUUACCGAGGUGAAGAUCCCCAAUAUCGCAUUGAUUACUGUUCCGCUGUAUCUGACCGCCGAGUUCCCGGAGAAUUUCGACGAGAGGCAGCUAAUUGAUCUGCAUGCUUUGAAGAGGCAAGUUGAUAGCUUCAUGCGCAUCUGGGCCGCGAUGGAUGUGAUGCCGCUGGGAUCUUUUGGUGUAGUGCCGCCGUUGAAUAAGACUACUUCCUGA